GUCGUCCGAAUUAUAUCUGGUGUACGGUGAUGGUGAUAUGAUCCAGGACUGAUAAGCUGUGUCAAGAAUACCCUGCCCUGGAUAAACUCAGCCAUCAAAGACAGAGCAGCUUUAUUGUUCUGUUGAAGCCAUUGGAAGACUGUCUCAAACUAUGAUGGACGAAUUCUCUGGUUGCAGUCGGGAGCCUGUAUGAAUAAAUAUUUACGUGUUAUGUAAAGUUCACAGCCCGUAUAAUCACAGUAUACAGGAUUGUUUCGGUUGUAGAUUUCAUCAGACCCUCAGAAAAAAAAAAAUCCAGAGUUUGAGACAGGAUGUGUACCAACACCCCAAAAUGUCUGGCAUUUUUCAACAGAAAUUGGACUCCACUCUCUAGCUCCAGGCUUUAACAGAUAUAAACGUUCCCUCUGUCACUGCAAGAAAACUAGGGCCUCGACCGCAUGUGUGCGAAGCUGUCUCGAGUAGCGAUAUACAUCAUGAACUUUAUCCUUGCUGAUAUGAAUUAAAUGACAUAAAUGAUAAAUUUGACUGCGCGGGUGCAUGAAGAUCAGACGGUAGUUUAAUGUAGUAAGCUAUAUGUUCUCAAGAGUCCAGGGGUUGCACAGCCACUACAGCCUUUUACAACGGUUGCCGGAUUAUCUGCUUACAACGCGAACUGGAGGAGAAGCCCUAGGAAUUCAUCCUCCAAGUGGCCUGCGUACAGAGGCAUCAUAGUGCAGAUGUUUUCUUGUGAAAUCUUUGGCGAAGAUGACGAUUCCUCAAGGAUUCUUAUAACUUGCAUCGAGCGACGUUUUCCAACGAUUAACGGUAUUCUGAGACAGAGGAAGAAAUAGUGUUCUAACUAUUCUGUUCAAACCCAACCUAUACAGUGUAUAAAAGGAAAAUGCCAGAGUCUUCAGAAGAUAAUAUGGAGGAAAGGUGUAUAUCAGACAGCAAAGAUUCCAGCAUAAGCGCCAGAGGAUCACCUUGGAAGUUUUGGCGCCGAUUUUCGUUGCGUAGAAGUGGCCGUAAGUCGUCCCAAGGACGACUGAAGUCUGGCAAAGGCGGUAGUAUACCAACAGAACCCUGGGCGACUAUAGAAGCUCGCCAUGAAGAAACCAACUUACAUUCCCCAUGUGAUAGAAUACAAUGUUUACCAGACUUGGUCGAUAAAGUCGGACUAAGACGCAGUCAGAGUUUGAAGCCUCCUCCUAAACCACCGCGACUAUUCCUCUUUCGAUCCUCUUCAAUUUCCACCCCAAGGGGUUCUUUGGUUGACACCUCUGCAAGGAACUCGGGAUGCUUUCCAUCAAAAGAAACCAAUGAGGUUUUUGACGAUUUGAUUUGUAACAAUCCGCCUCCUGUCAAAGAUCAGUCAGAACAAAGCACUGAAGUCAUUGACUUGAGUUGUACUCCUAAAAUGGAUACUUCAUUGGAGGGUCAAGUAAAUGGCGAAAUUGACCACUCGACCAUUUUGGCGAAUAACAUUUCCAGUGGGAACACAAAUGACACUGAAAAGCUUAGUCAUAACCAUUAUGGCAACGGGAUGGCAAACCAUAAUGGGGGACUUAGAGUCUCCCCAGGACGCAUCAAGAUUGUUACACCAGAUUUGAAUUCCAAAAAGUAUUCGCUGACGAGGAACAGAAAAAGGUCUGUGGAUUUAAAGGAGGCGAGUUUGUCAGCUCCGCACAGGGUGAUUCUUCAGUGUGCCGAGGAGAUCAUUUGUCAGUCGCUGCAACCUGCUGUUAUUUUAGAGGAUCUUCACUCAGCAGGUGUCAUCACGGCCGGCGACUUACAGGCCUUCACCGGCCAUCCUGAUCGACGACUGAUAUGUGAAAGUCUGAUUGCAACUUUGACAAAGUGUGACUAUAGCCAGUUCCUUGAAUUCUGUGAUAUAAUCCGGCGGACAGAACACUGCAAUAGCCUCUCUGUGAUGUUGGAUGCCAUGGUGGCAAUAUCGGACCUGCUGUACAACGUACGAGAAGAAGCGGUUGACAUUGGUGAGCCUAUUUUAGAGGAGGAAAAGACCAUAUCCUUCGAUAUUGGUAUUUAUGACAAGGCGUCGAUGAGUCUAAAACCUAUAGUGGAAUUGGAUCGUGUUAAGCACGAAAUUCGUAAGAGUUUGCGGGAGCAGACGUACCAGAGGCAGUCUUCCCGCCUUUCCGGACGGUCGUUCUCAGACUGUUCGCCAGUGAGGGACCCCAGGACAGUAGAUCUACCCAUGAUGUCUGUAUACAUAUCUGGAUACAGUUUGCAUGGAGAACGAUCCAAGGCGUUAGCCUCGGUACUUGACAAGCAUCACUGUAUACACGAGUUGAGGGUAGGGAAAACUCAGCUGUCAGGUGAUGACAUGGAAAAUAUUUGUUUGGCAAUUCAAAACAAUCCAGGUCUGAGUAUUCUGGAUGUAAGACUGAACAGUAUUGAAAACGAAGGUGCCACUCGCCUCGGAUUCAUGUUACGGAAAUCCACCAAUUUACGGCAGUUGAACAUUUCGUCGACUGGCAUCGAAUCUGUUGGAUGCAAGUACCUCUGUGAUGGUUUGAUGAUAAAUGCAGUGUUAAGAGAACUUGACUUGAGUUUCGUGGACAUAGGAGAUGAAGGUUGUGUCCACAUCGCAGAAAUGCUUACAAAAAACUGCAGCAUUACCAAACUGCGACUUCGGAACAACAACAUCACGUGGGUAGGAUGUGGUCUGAUCUUUGAAUCACUUCAAGAGAACCAAACACUUGCAGAUCUAGAUCUCAGUCGAAAUUUUGUGAAGGAUAGAGGAAUAGAAAUCAUGUGUCAGAAUGUAAAUAAGGCGCCUGGGCUUCAGGACUUGAAUUUGGAAAAUUGUGGUAUGACGAUCGAAGGGUGUGCUUAUUUGGCACAAACUCUUGUAACGAAUGUUACCCUUAAGCACUUGGACCUUAGUGUGAAUUUUCUAGGAGACCAAGGUGUUAAACGACUUUCUGAAAUCCUUCGCCGAACGAAAACGUUGCAGAGCUUAGGAUUAAACAUGUGCGGCAUUACCAACGACGGUCUUGUGACAUUGCUGGACUCUCUUGUUGGAAACCAUUCCCUUACUCUCUUGAAACUGUGUUACAACCGAUUUGGACGUGAGAGCGUUAGCUGCGCAAUGGAUGUCGAUGACAUUCGUUUCAAAAUGCACUGUGUUACGUCAUCUAAACCGAAGCUGAAAAUUUUGCUGUGGGGAAAUAGUCUUGAUGACAACGCUUGACUGAUCCACAAUCCUUGGUUGUAGUUUAUACUUCAUUUCUGUUACUACGCAUUCAGUAUGGUUGAUUGGUAGCGAUAUCCUGGAUAUGAAUUGGAUUUUUCGAAAGAGUAGAUUUUUUCUUGCUUUGUCAAAUAUGAAUAUUUUUAUCUAGUCCCUUAACGAUGUCAGUGGUUGCAACUCAAAAUUCCAAUUUUUCAGUCACUGUUGUGGAUUAAUAUUAUAUUUGUAGGUACUUCUGUAUGCAUCCCCAUGCUGCAUUAAAUGUGACUUGUGAUCAAUGCAAAUAGAUGAAAGCUUUCCUAUCUGAUUGAACUACAUGUGGUGGCUUACACAGCUGUAUGGAUAGAUGUGCAAAAUCAAGACCUGUAACAAACGCGACUGGUCAUUGGGCAGUAUUGAGUAUAUUACGUACAUUUAGAGCAUGGCACCUCACAUGAUACACUGUGGUUCAGGGAAGCGCGGAUGUGGCUUAGGUAGGAACUGAGAUACGUUAAUGUUUCACCUUGAUUAAAAACAAUGACGGGCAAUGACAAGUUUAACAAUUCACAUUUAACAAUCCGGAAAUUACACUUAUAUCACAACUCUGUUAUGAAAACUCUGCUAAACUCUGCUUCCGGUGAUUGUGUAUGUGUGUGUGUAUGUGAAUACGUUGGAGUUAAACGCUAUACAUGACCACCUGGUCACUUCCAUGCGCCGUUGUAUGGAUAUGGCUUAUUGGACGGCCUAAGCAUCAGUUCGACAGAUAAGUAUGAUACAGGGCUAGACCCCCAUUGCCUCCUGUUCUACUUCUCUUGAAAAUCACCUAAAACCUUAACUUUAAAAUUAAACCUUAAAACACAACAAAUGGAGUCUGAACUAAUCCCCCAUGUUAAACUGUUGCCAUUUGCAUAGGCAAAACUACAUAUGCCUUUUAGGUAUUUGUCAUAAGAGGGAAGAUUUUCUACAUCUAAUUGUAGACUUCGGGCCUACAUAUAUAUAUCUAUUGUUAAAGUCGAUUUAUGAACAAGCAUGUUAAUAAGAGUAUUACCAGGAUAAGACCAGGAUUUGGGUCGAUUUUUGGCCAGUCCCUUCCCCAUUCAAGGGAUGCGAAAGUGUUUCAGCUUAGCGACUUGGCCACAUAAUGACUUACUUGUCAGUCAAGGCCUAUACGCGAUUGACCGCCCUAAGACAUAAAUGUUUGUUGUAGGCCAGAGCCGUUUACAUUCUUUCACUUCAUAUGUAGAGAAAACCGAGGCCUCUUUCUGGAAUCCUUCGCCUACUGGUUUGACCAAUAGCUUUUGCCAGGAGGAUUAUCACGUAUCUGGAAGCGUGCGGUGAUUUAAUAUGGGAUCAGCUUGCUUGUCUUCCUCCAGCAAUACAGUUUACACUCGUCCUUAAAGUGAAAUAUUUCUCAGUACUUUGUACAUGUCACAAGUAAAUGAAUGAAUACAGGAUGAUUCUAUAUACAUAUACAUUAUUUGACCUAGUAUCUGAUUUUUCAAAAAUUCUCCAGUUACGUGAAAGAUUAAUUUCAUUUCUUUAACUUUCUUUAUAAGCAAAAUAGUUACUGUACACACAUGUCUUCUCGAAGUAUAAAUUUUGGUUUCCGUGGUCUUAUUUUUUUAAAGCCAUGCUGAAGUUAAGGUACAUAUAUUCUUCAUAUUUUUACACACGAUGUGUGCACCUGACAAUGAUAUGCAGUUAAAUACUUGAAACGACAAUUAGACCGACAGCAUGAGUCAUACACCAUGUGAAAUUUGAUGAUAUCUAUACACAAUGACAAAGACGGAAAAGUGUCUUUCUCACAAAUGAUACUGCUGCGACACAUUAACUUACAUAAAAAUGUACUUAUACAUCUCUGGGAAAUACAUUUUUGGACUUCACUGGUUAUUUUGGUGAAGUGAUAGUAUUUUCUUGCAGUGCUGAUAUUGUUGUUAAAAAUUUUCCUUUAUAUGUGAUUUGAGCAAGUGAGUUGACCACAGAAAGAAACAGAAAGCAUUAUAUGCACAUGUUGUGUAGCUCUGUAUACAAGUACACGUAUAGGUGACUUGUUGUGUAUAAAUAUCUAUACAGUGAAAGAUGCGCAGUUGGGUAAAUUUAUCGUGUGCUUAUAAGUGGAAUGCGCAGAUGGGAUUUCUAAGAUACGUGUUGAAUAUAUCUAGUUGUUAAAGUACAUGUGUGAAACGUAUAAAUAGCGAGCUGCGAGAUUGCAUGCAUGCGUACGAUGAUAUACAAAUAAUUGUGUGUUUGUAAUGGAAGGUAUGUGAGAUUUCUUGUCGUAUAUUGCCGUGUGAAGAGCAAAGCUUGUCUGAGUCAUACUUGUACACCCGCCUCUUCUUCAUAAUGUUCCGUUUUCAUUGCCAAGAUCGUUAAUGUGUUUACGAGACAACCGUUUUAAGUCUCAGUUUCUACCCAUGAUUAUGGUUAUACAUGUGCAUUUAUAUCAGUGGAGAAAUUACUUUGUCCAGCUUAUCCUAUUUAGCCAAAAAGCUUUUUCAUGACCACUGGGUUGUAAUUGUUAACUAACUAAUACAACAUGUGUAAUGCAAUUGUCUGAGUUUAUUCUUUCGUUCAUGGAUGUAUUCCGACAUAUUCUGCAAGCAUAUAGACAUGUCAUGUCAUUCAAUUAUAGCCUUCGGGAACUUGCAGGUGGAUGUGAUGAAUCGUUAACAAGGUCAUAAUAUAGAUCUAGAUACGUUAAUGAACCACUGCCAUCUGCCAGGUCGUCUACGAAUAUUAUUAUUCUAGUGUGUCGGCGAUAGUCUCGUGAUACCAUAUAUCUGGUGUCACCGUUAAACGAGUAGAUUUAAGCCAUAGCCAUUCUAUCGUAGGCCUAGGCCUAUAUUCAUGGCGUAAGUGUAAAUUUCGGACCAAUGAUAAAUGGAAUGAGGAAGAUUAC